AUGGAUGAAUUCAAAAAAUCUGCAAAAAUUACCCACUCAUUGAAUGUACUUACAUCAUUCAAUGAACUAAAACAAUCUGACUGCAUUUGUAACUUCACAAUCAAAGUUGGUGACAAAUCUUUCAAAGUCCAUCGAGACCUGCUUGCCGCAGUAUCAAAGUACUUCAAAAGCAUGUUUUCAAGUAACAUGGUUGAGGCUCGGAAUGGUUUUGUCGUUAUGAAAGACAUCUGUGCUGAUGCUGUAGGGCAGUGUGUAGAUUUCAUGUAUACUGGUGAAGCAAAUCCAUCCAUGGAAUCUGUUGAAAAUACUUUGUAUGCUUCUCAGUUUAUGCAGCUUGAUGUAUUAUCAAGUAUAUGCUUUAAUUUCAUGGAAAAAAAUCUGUCAGUGCACCAUUGUCUCCUAGUGGUCAGGUUGGCAAGACUUUAUGUUUGCACAGAGUUACAAACCAUUGCUGAACUAUUCAUUGUGGAUAAUUUUGAGUCUCUGAUUUUGGGUGAAGAUUUUCUACAUCUGAGCAAAGAAGAACUCGUAUUUUAUCUACAAAAGUUGGAUAAAAAGCAUGAAGUAGUUUGGCAUGCUGUGAAAAGAUGGAUUUCAAACAAAGGUGAAAAGAUUGGAUCAGAACUAAUGGAGACUCUGCAUUUUGAAGAUUUUCCUUUUAAAUUUUUACUCACUGAUCUGCUAAAUGAUUCUUUGGUCGAAAGUUCUUCAGAUGCGAAAAGUUUUGUCAUUAAAAAAUUACUUUCGAAUAUCGAUGGAUUGAAAGAGAAUUUGUCGCUCGACACUUCAUUCAUUUUGAGGAAGAUUAAUCGGAUCGAAAACAAAGUUUGCUCGGAGAAUGUCAAAAAUAUAAUCAAUGAAUUUAUGGCUCAGAAUUUUGAACAGAUUGAAACAAAAUAUUCUUCAGAGAAAAUUAAAUGGGAAGCUGCACUGAAAUGGGCCAAACAAAGUCGUCGUCAUCAGAAAAUUUUUCCUGACUUGUUCGAGUUGAUAAAACUUGAGGAAUUUUCUGAUGAUUUUAUUCAACAAAGCGUCAGAAAUGAAUCUUUGGUUAAAGAGUCGCACAAGUGCAAAGAUUUAUUGCUUGAUGUUGUCUAUGCCAGAGCCACUGUAGCUAAACUGGUUCCACAGAUUGCUGUCUCGACAGAGACGGGUAUAAAGGCUCUGAAUCUCCAAACAAAUCAAUGGUCCAGUUUGAAGUCUGAUUAUGAUGUUGGCAUUCAUCUUGUCAAUGUUGAGGGUCGAUUGUAUGCUUCAGAUGGGAAUCAAUUGUCUUCGCUGCAAGAAGGUCGAUGGAUUAAGAAAGCCAAGAUUGAAAGGAAGAGUGAUCAGUGGGAUAAGAUGGUUUAUCUCAAGGGCGGGAUUUAUAUUUUCAACUAUUCUCAGCAUACAGUGCGAUAUGACAUUGCCAAAGACAGAUGGGAUAAGAAUUUGCCUUCAUGUGAUCUUGAUUUUGGUUUUUGUGCUGCUGCCUCUGAUGAGUUUAUAUAUGCGAUGGGAGGUUGGUCAACAUGGAGAAAAUCAAAAGUAUACGAUCCUGGAACAAAGAAAUGGUCUUCCCUGCCACAGAUGAUUUAUGGAACAUAUGGUUGUGCAGCGGUUGUUUUUCAAAGUAUGGUUUAUGUACUGGGAGGUUCUGCUGGAGGUCUUGUUCAAUGUUAUAACCCUGUUGUUCGCUCAUGGACAGAGAUUGCAAAAAUGAAGAUGAAUAGAAUUAAUUUUAGUGCAUGUGUUGUUGAUAAUAAAAUGUAUGCAGUCGGUGGUGCUGAAGGUGGAGGCCUGAAUAAGGAUUCUAUUGAAACAUUCAAUGAAGAAACUGGUGAAUGGAAAAUAGUCUGUGAAAUGGAUUUGUCUGAGGUGGACUGGGUUUAUUGCUGUAGCUAUGCUCUAUAA